AUGCCAGCUGUUAGCACCAUGACCGGUGGAAGGGCCCUGCUGCUCUGUACAAACACUGACAACUGUAUUUACCAAUCAGUCAACGGGCUCCAGUGCUGUGGCUUGAAGGUUGGGGAGGCCCCAUCAUCCUUGGUGCCCCAGCCUUUGGAGGUGUGUGGGUUACCAGGGGACGGAGACAAGAGGCACGCUCCCAGCGACACCUCAGGUCCUCCCAACGGCAUGCUGGCUCAAAGGAGGGCCACAGCCACGAAUGAGCCGCAGACCCCCAACAUGGAAAACGGACUGAGUCACAGCAAGAGCUCAUCGGGAGCCAGGACUGCCAGCAUCCGCGAUAAGAUAUCACAGUGGGAGGGCAAAAAGGAGUCCGCCCAUGUGGCUGCAGCUACAGGAACGUGUCUGCUUAGUACAACGCAGAAGGAAGUUGACAUUGUGAGGAAAAAGGAACCCAAAGUAUCAGAAGUUCAAAGGACAGACAGCAAGAGGUUUAUUAGCUGGGAGAGACAAGACUCAGGGAAAGAAAAUGCGGGAAAAUGUGGGGAUUCAAGCCCUAAAUAUCCAGAGGGCGCAUCAAACAACGAGAAGUGUCGCGUUUCUAAGCCUACUGAACUCCAAGACAAGAAAACAGUUUUGACUCAUGUCAAAAAACUGGAGAGGGCGACGAAGGAAGUUCCCCACAAACCUUCGCUGGCAUUUCCAGGGAAUUACUUCUGUCCCCCUUCAAAGGAGGAGCUGGAGGGAACAGAGAAGAAGGCCAAUGAGCCCAUUUUUGGGACCUUUGAUAAGGCUCGACCCGGUGGGUUGCAGAGGAGAAGGGAUGGGGAUUCUGAGAAUGAAUACUGUGAGCCCGGCGCUCCUUCUAUAAACCCCCUACCUAAACCUCAAAGAACUUUCCAGCAUCACACACUAUCUAAUACCACAGCCUCGAGUCCUUGCUUUGGAAAGGCCAAGAGGACCCUGCCUCCUCUGCCCUCCAUUCCUCCCCCACCACUACCCACAUGCCCUCCUCCAGGAGUUUGCAGGAGACCAUGGGUUGACAGAGCCCGGGACGGCAAUAACAGGAAGUCCUACGAGUUUGAGGAUCUUCUGCAGUCGUCUACAGAAAGCAGCCGGGUGGACUGGUACGCUCGGUCCAAACUGGGCCUCACAUGCACUUUAUCAGAAGAGAACGUCUACGAAGACAUCAUAGAUCCACUGUCCAAGGAGAACCCUUAUGAAGACAUAGAGCUGGACCGAAGCUGCGUGGGAAGCAAAUGUGUUUCACCUGCCUCAUCUUCUCCUGUCCCCAACACUCCAACUAAGCUACCGUCCAAGCCUGGCUUCUACAGGCAAAACUCAGAGAGAAGAAGUUUUAAAGUCCCGGAGCUGCGCAAGACCAACCGAGACACAGGCAUCCCGUCUCCCUCUCGUAUCAGUCCCUCCUCGAUCCCCAGCAGCCCCGACGACACCCCGUGUCUCUCCGGGGACCCUUGCAAUCGCAGACGGAGGACAAUCCCAAAGAUGGUGCUGAAAAUCAAUGCUAUCUUUGAGGCGCGGAGAGGCAAGAAACACACAAAGAAGGUGUCUCAGUCCACUGAGUCCAGCUCAGGAAGAGAUGAGAACAGUGAGUCAGAAAGUGACACAGAAGAGAAGCUAAAAGCUCACAGCCAGCGGCUGGUAUCGGUUCAGUCCAUGCUGAGGCAGACGGGUCGGUACCGGACCUUGGAGAGGGAUUUAAUGGAGUUGCAGGAGAGAAAACUCUUUGAGUAUUUCAUCGUUGUUGCACUCCACAAGACCAAGGUUGGAGUCCCGUACCUGCCAGAAGUCACGCAGCAGUUUCCUCUAAAGCUUGAGAGGAGCUUCAAGUUCAUGCGGGAAACCGAGGACCAGCUGAAGGUUAUCCCUCAGUUCUGCUUCCCUGACGCCAAAGACUGGGCGCCAGUCGACAACUUCCCCAGUGAGACCUUCUCAUUUGUGCUGACUGGUGAAGAUGGAAGCAGACGUUUUGGCUACUGUCGCCGUUUACUGCCCAGUGGGAAAGGCCGAAGGCUCCCUGAGGUCUACUGUAUCGUCAGCCGCCUGGGUUGUUUUGACCUCUUCUCUAAGAUCCUGGAUGAAGUGGAAAAGAGGAGGGCCAUCUCUCCUGCUCUUGUGCAGCCUUUUAUGAGAGGGAUAAUGGAGGCUCCCUUCCCUGCGCCAGGAAGGACCAUCACUGUCAAAAACUUUUUACCUGGCUCUGGGACCGAGGUGAUACAGCUUUGUCGGCCGUCUGAUUCCCGUCUGGAACACGUGGACUUUGAAUGUCUCUUCUCUUCGCUGAGUCUCCGUCUGCUCCUGCGAGUUUUUGCCUCUCUGCUGCUGGAGCGGAGGGUCAUAUUCACUGCUGACAAACUCAGCACGUUGUCUCAGUGCUGCCAUGCAGUCGUGGCUCUGCUCUAUCCCUUCACCUGGCAGCAUACAUACAUUCCUGUGCUGCCUCCGUCCAUGUUGGAUAUAGUCUGCACCCCGACUCCUUUUAUAGUGGGCCUCCUCUCCAGCUGUCUACCUCGACUCAAAGACCUGCCCAUAGAAGAAGUCCUGGUGGUCGACCUCGGCAACAGCCGCUUCCUACGUCAGCUGGAUGAUGAGGACUCCAUUCUUCCUCACAAGCUGCAGGCAGCUCUCGAGCACGUGUUGGAAAAGAGGAGAGAGUUGGCCUGUGAGAAAGGAGACCUGCCAAAUGACUCCAGUUCUCUCAGCGCAGUGGUCUCGGAGGCCUUUGUGCGUUUCUUUGUGGAAAUGGUGGGUCACUACUCCCUUUUCAUGGGUGGAUCGGAACGGGACGACGAGUCUCCUUCCUCGCCCACACUGCCGAGCCCCUCUUCUCCCUCCCCCUCAUCGUUUCAGCGGGAGGCCUUCCGUAAGGCGGUCACGUCCAAGAGCUUGAGGCGGUUCCUGGAAGUGUUCAUGGAGACCCAGAUGUUCAGCGGCUUCAUCCAGGAGAGGGACCUGCGCAGACAGGGCCUCAAGGGUCUAUUUGAGGUGAGAGCACAAGAGUAUCUGGAUUCUCUACCUGGGAGCGAACAAAGAAGGGUAAACAAGUUUCUCAAGGGCCUAGGAAACAAAAUGAAAUUCCUUUCCAAAAAGUGAGACAGUAUUGGGUGAAGCGGCCGUCACGGGAAGCAUGAUGGAGAAAAUGCCCUUCGUGGACAUGCAGAGGGUGUUGAUGGAGACGUGUCUGUCAGUCAGAUCAAUGGAGAUCUGCUGAAAUGAACUGGAUUCACAAUCUGUGCUGAUGAGGGAAUCUGGAGAAUAGCUUGCUUUAGUUCUUUAACGGCGUGUCUCGUUGGUGUUGUGUAGACCAAUAAAAGGAAGCAGAAUCUAGUCCCAUAAACUACAGUGAAUGUUGUACAGGUUAAAUUCUGUCUCUGCAGUGUAUCACUGUAUAGCACAUUGCAUUGUAAAUGUUUUAGCAGCGGUGUUCUGAUUGACUAAUAUCCGCCGUAAGCCUGUGAAGAGGAAUGCCACUAGAGUCCGGUGUUGUACAAGACCUUCAUUUACAUUCCAGCUAUUUUUAUAGAGGCUUUUAUGACUAUUAUAGUACAACUUCUUCAUCAACAGGAGGCUUUUAAAAAUAAUUUAUGUUACUUUUAGACAAAUCUAAUCUUUCUUUUUUUUUUUAAUUGUAUUCACAUAAGUGCAAAUCAAUCUCCUGUAGUUGGUGAUAAACUUCUAAAGACAUUAUGUAGACCACUUUGGACUGUUGGCGGUGUGUGUCACUGUUUUCAGAGAAUGUACCUUUUUUGGGGUUAUUAACAUCCACUAAGGUUGAAGAAUGAGAGGAUAAACAAUGUGAAAUGUCUUUUUUUGGGGGGCGGCGUUUUGCUGAAGCAUAAGUGCCUAGAAUUAAACAAUGAUGUGUAUCUUAGAUCAAUCAGUGUGACUCUGUUGUACCAAAACCAUGAUGUCUUAAACUUGAGCGAUAAUGCAAUGAAACUUUAUAAAUAAAGAGAUUUUAAAUUUGA